UCUCAUCACCAACUUACUUGAAUCAGGUAUGGGAUGGUAAAGAGAAAAUUCAAACUGAUCAAUGCCGUCUUCUUUCAGGGUACGCUGUCCCGAGCAGACUUAGAGCAGUGUUUACGGUCGUUCUUCCCGUUGAAAGACGACGAGACAAUAGAAGCUUUAAUGAAAGCUUGUGAACAGGAAGCUCCAGGAGAAAGCGUUCAAUACAAAAACUUGUUUACUGAGGACGAAGAGGGACGAUCUGGUCCUUUUGUGGACAAGAUUCGAGAGCAAGAAAAGUUAGAGAAGGCGAUGUACAUAAAAGAUAUAGAGAAUGCCCUGGGAGGCAGCAGGUAAGACGCGACAAGAGCUACAAAUUGGCUCUUUUUCUUAAAUUUUAAUGCGAUUCGUCGCUAAAAUGUCAUUACAUGUAAGACCCCUCCGCACUACGCCGGAGAAAUUUGAAAGCGCAACAAUCACCGGUCAUUUUGGAUUUGUGUCUGAGGAAAACUCGGACAGGAAAAUCACUUGAUUGUCGUGAUAUCGUCGGUUUCGAAAAGC